AUGACCAAGAUCAACAGCACGACAACUCUCAACCCGCGCCUCGGUUUCCCCUGCUCGUACGAUGACGAUGCCGUCGAUCCCGCCGCCGCCGCCGCCGCCUGGUCCGUCGCUCUGCCCAGGCGUCGCGUCAAGCAGGCUUGUCUGAGCUGCCACAGCCGCAAGGCCAGGUGCUCCGGCCACAUGCCCGCCUGCGACCGAUGUCGCGCACAGGGUAUCGAGUGCAUCUACCGUCCCACCAGACGCGCCAGGGUCUCCCACAAGAGCUUGAGCGCCGGCCGCAACAGCCCCCUCAGCCACGACGAGGAUCACCGCGACGACGUCCACAACGAGAGCGACCCGGGCUAUGCCGACCUCGUCGUCGACGGCCCCUCGUCCGCCAACGACACCUACCACCACCACCACCAUCGCAACCGCAACCACGGCAGCCCGUCUUCCAUGUCCAGGCACCGUCCAACCCACUCCAUGGCCGACGCUGACCAGGACGACAUGUCCAUCCCCGACCAGUCCUUUGACGCCCUCAUCGGCCGCACCUUUGAGAAAUUCUUCCGCCACGUCCAUCACAUCCCCGCCUUCUCCUUCCUCCACCGCGCCUCCCUCGUCGAGCAGUACCACCUCGGAAACGUCGACAAGACCCUCCUACUCGCCCUCGUCGGCAUCACAUCCUGCCUCACCGACAUGGGGCCCGGCAUGCGCGCAUACGGCGCCCGCUGCGUCGACGAGGCCGAGCACCUCAUCCUGUCCGACUACGCCCGACCCUCCACCAUCAAGGUCCAGGCCCUCGUCUUCAUGAUCAAGCACCGCAUCCUCUCCAACCGCUUCCCCAGCGCCUUCAUGCUCAUCGGCAUCGCAUCCCGCUUCGCCGCCGCCCUGCGCCUCAACUACGAGGCCCCCAACGUCUGCUUCCUUGCCCAGGAGUCGCGCCGACGCCUCAUGUGGGCCAUCUACACCAUCGACUCGAGCGUCUCGGGCGGCCACCGCGACUUCUCCCUCUGGCGCGCCGAGAGGAUCUUUGUCGGCCUACCCUGCAACGAGCGCAACUUCGAGUUCGACCUGCCCCAGGACACCGAGGGGCUCAUCCCCGACUCGGACCAGCGCCCGCCGUCGCUGCCCCCGCAGCCCCCCCACGCCGAGGACGUCGGCAGCCUGGCCCUGCACAUCCGCAUCCAGUACAUCCGCCACAAGAUCAGCGAGUUCACCAAGGAGGCCGUCGCCAACCGCAACGUCCACCCCAGCAGCCUGCAGACGCGCGUCCUGUCGCUGCACCACGAGCUCGACGAGUUCGCCGCCCACCUACCCGCCUCGUUUCAGUUCUCCGAGAACUCCCUGCGCCUGCGCGCCUACUCGCCGCGCAUCUGCGUCUUCGUCAUGAUACACGUCUGGUGGCGCCAGUGCCACUGCGACCUCUAUCGCCUGGGUCUCAUCGGCCUGCGCGAGGCCCUGCCCGGCGACACGCUCGACAGGUUCGACGAGAGCUUCAUCGAGCACUGCCAGCGCCAGUGCGUCGACCACGCCACCGCCAUGGCCAGCAUCUUCUCGUCGAUGCAGAAGCUCAACGCCCGGCCCGUCGCCGACCUCGACCUGGCCAUCUGCGCCUACCAGUGCGCCCGCAUGCUCAAGUACGCCUACCACGCCAACUCGGGUCGCCUCAACCUGCCGCCCGAGGUCAUCAUCGAGCAGUUCAAGGUGUGCCUCCAGACCAUCAAGGACUGCUGCACGGGCACGGCCGCCGCCGGCAUCCGCACCGACCUCGAGCGCCUGAUAUCCGACGGGCUGGGACCGCGCGUCAUGCCGGCCGCCCAGGCGACGCCUCCGCCCGACCCGCACCGCAACACGCGCAGCACGGCCCUCGUCGGAGCCUUCUCCAAGGACGCCUCCCCGGCAGACGCGGGCGAUAUGAUGACGGACGACUUUGACGCCUCUGCCGCAGCAGCCAGCACGCCAGGCGGGACGACGACGCCCGGCGCCGGAGGACAGGAUGUGCCAUCCGAGCUCAACAAUGCCUUUGAGGGUGCCAUGGACUCUUCCGGCCUGGACAACGGCCUGGACUUUGGCAUGGGAUUCGACGUCAACCUGUGGACUCCCACGCCUACCAAUGGGGAGUGGUCCACCACCUCAUCCAUGAAUUUAUAA